AUGACAGGAAGCAAUGCUUUGGAUGUGGUAGGCUUCAGAACAGAGGGAUUUGAGAAAUAUGGACAGUGGUUCAAGUCCAAGUUUGUUUCCGCUGCACCGAUGCAAAACUAUUCACCUGGACAUUCAAGAUUGUCCUAUUUCUUGGAUUUUUCUCUCAAAUCAUCGCAUUGUGGUCUUACAAAUCCUUGCAUUCAGGUGAGGCAUGGACAAGGAAUCCACAAUGUAGAGGGAGCUAAGAACUACAAAAAAUUAAUGAAACCUGAAUAUUUUGAUGCGCAUCUUACUCCACUAGGCUGGCAGCAGGUUGAUAAUUUGCGUAAGCAUGUUCGUGAAUCUGGGCUUUCCAAGAGGAUUGAGUUAGUCAUUACAUCUCCUUUGCUAAGGGCUCUGCAAACGGCUGUUGGAGUAUUUGGAGGUGAGGGCUACACUGACAGAACGGAUAUAUUGCCACUAAUGGUGGCAAAUGCAGGAUAUAGUGAGCAUCCUUCAAUUUCAAGUCUUAACUGCCCGCCCAUCAUUGCAAUAGAACUUUGUCGAGAGCAUUUGGGAGUUCAUCCCUGUGAUAACAGGAGGAGCAUCAGCGAUUAUCAGUUUCUAUUUCCUGCGGUUGAUUUUUCACUGAUAGAAAGUGAUGAGGAUAUAUUGUGGAAGGCAAAUGUCAGGGAGCUGAAAGAGGAAGUUGCAGCUAGGGGAUUGAAAUUCCUGAACUGGUUGUCGACAAGGAAAGAGAAAGAGAUAGCAAUUGUUACCCAUGGUGGAUUCUUGUUUCACACACUAAGUGCAUUGCUAAAUGAUUGUGACCCUUUGGCGAAAAAAGAAAUGUGCAAACACUUUGCAAAUUGCGAGCUUCGCUCCAUGGUCAUUGUUGACAGAAGAAUGACAGGGUCUGAUUCCUCAACAACUAAUUAUCCAGGAAAGAUUCCUGAUGGGCUAGAUCUCCCUAGUGAUGUUGCUAGUGAGAACCUUGAGAAAGAAAAGUCUAAUUUAGUUUAA